GUCUUCUUCACCAAAAUGGCUGCACACUGGUGGCUCCUCCGCGCAAUCCAAUCCUUCGAAGAUCACAUCGUCGCAUCCGUACGCCUCCAUCCUCAAUCCCCAUCCCAAUCUAACAUAUCUCAGAUCCUCCGCCAACCGGGUUUCCACCGCGCAGUAACACGCAUCCACAAGACCAUCCACGAGAAGCAACACGGACGAAAUCCGCACGAGCCUUUGGCACCGGGCGAGGCGACGGCGGAUCCGAAUACAUCUGGUAAAAAUUCACAGUUUGCGAAGCAUUUUCUGGAUGAGAUCAAGAAUCAGUUUCGGGGGAAGCCGACGGAUAUAACGAGGAAGUGAAAGAGAUGGAUUAAUGAUUUAUGAUACCCGGUUACUCUGCGAUUAACAACGAUUGGAUGUGAUGGUGGGAGGCACAAGAGUUGGAUUGGAGGAUGUUGGAUAAGUGAAUGGAAC